CGAGGCUAUGGCGUCCCAACCGUGUUCAAAUUUGGAAGGUUAGGGUAUUAUAGAUUUGGCCGUGAUCGACAUUCAUUAGGCAGGCAGAGUGGAUAGCUAGAUCCUUGCGAAGUUGCGAUUAUUGGCCGUAGCGUAAAAGCCUCAGGUUUAGUUUAGUUUAGUCGGCUUUAUCUGAAAUCUUCCGCCACCUAUAUAUAACGCGCUACCACCUCGCGAGUCGUCACCUUGAAGGAGAAGAGGAAGCUUAGACAGAGAUGGAGGCGGUGGUGAAGCAGGAGCUUCUGAACGACGUGCCGCACUCUUCGCCGAGGCGGAAGGGCGCCAUUUCGGCGGUGCCGCCGGACUCGGUAAUCGCGCUUGAUACGAGCAGUAGUGACUCGGACUCGGAGUCGGACUCGGAGUCGGAGGAGGAGAACGGGAAGGACGACGCCGUUUUGGGACGCGUGCUGAAGAAGAGGAGGCUGAACGAGAUGGGAGUGAUUAUGCCGGUCUUGGAUCCUCUGCCUUCGCCGGAGGAGGAGGAGUUGCCGCGGAUGUUGCCGGCGCCGGCGGUGUCCGGGGCCGGGAGGGGGAUGUUGAGUGUUAAUUACUGCAAGCAGUUUUGGAAGGCUGGGGAGUUUGAGUUAGUGCCUUGUGGCGAUGCGGAUUCGUCUGCUGGCGGGAUGGACCAUGUGAGGAUUCAUCCCAAGUUUCUGCAUUCCAAUGCAACCAGUCAUAAGUGGGCUCUUGGAGCUUUUGCGGAGCUAUUAGACAAUGCAAUAGAUGAGGUUUGCACUGGUGCUACUUAUGUUAAGGUAGAUAUGCUUGAAAAUCCGAAAGACGGAAGCAGAAUGUUGCUGAUUGAAGAUAAUGGUGGUGGGAUGAAUCCAGAUAAGAUACGAGACUGCAUGUCAUUGGGGUUUUCUACAAAGAGCAAAAUCGCAAACACAAUUGGACAAUAUGGAAAUGGUUUUAAAACAAGUACCAUGAGGCUUGGGGCAGACGUGAUUGUGUUCUCUCGUUGUUGUGGAAAAGAUGGAAAAAGUGCUACGCAGAGCAUUGGAUUGCUGUCUUACACAUUUUUGAGGAGCACAGGAAAGGAAGAUACUGUUGUUCCCAUGCUUGAUUAUGAAAGACAAGGAGCAGAUUGGUACAGGAUCAGACGAUCCUCUCCCAGCGAUUGGAACAAAAAUUUGGAAACGAUACUUGAGUGGUCACCAUUUUCUAGAGAAGAAGACUUGGAUCACCAGUUCUAUCUGAUGAAAAACCAAGGCACUCGAGUAAUUAUUUACAAUCUUUGGGAGGAUGAUGAAGGACAGUUGGAGCUUGAUUUUGAUGCUGAUCCACAUGAUAUUCAAAUCAGAGGUGUCAAUCGCGAUGAAAAGAAUAUACAAAUGGCUAAACAGUUUCCUAAUUCUCGUCAUUUUUUGACCUACCGGCACUCAUUGAGGAGUUAUGCAGCAAUUCUAUAUUUGCGGCUACCAAUCGACUUCCGAAUUAUUCUGCGUGGGAAGGAUGUUGAGCACCACAACAUAGUGAAUGAUAUGAUGAUGUCCCAAAAAGUCACAUAUAAGCCACAGCCUAGUACUGCUGAUGGGAUACCCAAGGAUGCAAAUAUGGCUGCUACUGUCACCAUUGGGUUUGUGAAGGAUGCAAAACAUCAUAUUGAUGUUCAGGGGUUCAAUGUCUAUCACAAGAAUCGACUGAUUAAGCCAUUUUGGCGGCUUUGGAACGCUGCAGGAAGUGAUGGCCGCGGUGUAAUAGGUCUGUUAGAAGCCAAUUUUGUUGAACCAGCUCAUGACAAGCAAGGGUUUGAGCGUACAACAAUUCUUUCAAGACUCGAGGCAAAAUUAGUGCAAAUGCAAAAGACAUACUGGUCUACUAAUUGUCAUAAAAUUGGAUAUGCUGCACGACGUAAUAAGAAGGUCAACAAUGCUGAAGAUAAAGAGACUUCCCCUGAUUUUCUUUCUGAAAGGGACGGUACCACAUCAGGUGUCAAGAGACCAUGUUCACUUUCAGAUACAUUCCGUUCAAAAACGGCUGACAGUGGACAUGGGAAUAUACAUGUGUCCAGAAAAGGCAAAAGUACAGUGCAAAUCCAAACAAAGUUUACCCCAACAAGAUCCGGGGAAGAAUCAAGCUCUUCUGAAGCAUCACUACCUUUGCCAGCCAAUGUUAGGGGUGGAAACAUGCAUAAACAAGUGAAUGGCGGUAGGGAAUCACUACCUUCGCCAGCCAAAGUUAGGGGUGGAAACGUGCAUAAACAUAUGCAUGGCGGUAGGGAAUCACUACCUUCGCCAGCCAAUGUUAGGGGUGGAAACGUGCAUAAACAAGUGAAUGGCGGUAGGGAAUCACUACCUUCGCCAGCCAAUGUUAGGGGUGGAAACGUGCAUAAACAAGUGAAUGGCGGUAGGGAAUCUAGGGACAAGGACAUACAUGUUGCUGUAUGUGAUAAGCAAGUGAAUGGCAGUUUUCAUAAGUCAUUUACUGCUAUGCAUUAUUCUGGAAAAGAUGGUCCAGCUGUGACUGAAUUAUCUUCAGAUAUGGACGAUACUGAAUCCCAACAAGAGUGUACACCAUGCAGAGGAACCAGUUUAUCUGCCACAAAAUCCAAGUCAAAGGGAAAUGAUUUUAAUUUGGAGGAUUUGAGCAUUGUGCAGCGAUUGAGAAAGGAGAAUCAUGAACUGAAAGAAAAAUUGAAAAAACAGGACGAACAGGCUCCAGCUGAAUUGCUUAAGGACUUGAUGCUGGAAAGGGAGAAGAACAUAACACUUGAAACCAAGCUGAAAGAAGCAGAAAAACAGAUCGAGUUCUUGAACAAGGAACAAGACAGUCUAAUUGAUAUAUUCACGGAUGAGAGGCAGCGACGAGAUGAUGAAGAGAACAAGUUGAGAAAGAAGCUGCAGGAUGCAUCCAAUACUAUUCAAGAGUUGGUUGAGAAGGUAAGGGAGCUGGAAAGGAGGAAGCCUCCUAAGAUGGAAAGGUAGGAUCAUCGGCAUACUGUGAAGUUCUUCUAGGACAGUUGACCGCAACUUGAUCCAUGGUUGUUUCCGGUUGAACUGAUGACUUGGCGAAAGUGUAAUUCGACCCAGAAGGUAGUCUAAUCACUAAUGUAGAUCAUGAGCAUUGUUCAGGUGAACUACAGGUCUUUGAUGGCGGACCUCUUAAUACUUGGGCUGUAAAAAUGUGCAAAAAGAAAUGAACGGAAUCCUAGUAGAUGUAUAUAUGGGUAGUAGAAGAUGUUUGUUUUUU